AUGGCUAAAGUCCGCCCACUUUUUGAUUUACUCAAUAAAAAGUUUCUGCAAUAUGCCGUAAUCGAAAAGAACAUCAGCAUAGAAGAGUCUAUGAUACCUUACUAUGGUAGACACGGAUGUAAGCAGCAUAUCAGAGGUAAGCCUAUUAGAUUUGGCUUCAAAACAUGGAUUGCAGCCUUGCCCUUAGGAUAUUGCUUAUACGCCGACCCAUAUCAAGGCCGCUAUGAAACUUUUAGUACCGGGUUAGGACAAUAUGUUGUGCAAAAAUUGAUGACCGAGAUUCAGAAUGUCUACAAAGAAACAAGAUUCUCAGUUUUCUGCGACAACUUCUUCACAGGAUUACCGUUAAUAACGGCAAUGAAAGAAAAAAAUAUUUUAGUGACAGGUACAGUACGUAGUAAUCGCACUGACAAGUGUCCUUUGAAAGAUGAAAAAUUAUGCAAGAAGGAACAGCGAGGUUACCAUGACAGCCGGCUCGAUCUAAACAGCGGCAUCUGUGCAGUGCGCUGGAACGAUAAUAGUGUAGUUACUCUGUUAUCCAGUGAAUACGGCGUGGAGCCUAUACAUACUGCAAGGAGAUACUCAGCUGCUCAAAAGCAAAGAGUAAAUGUAACACAACCCAACAUUGUGCACCAAUACAAUCAUUUUAUGGGAGGGGUUGCUCGGUUAGAUGCAAACAUUGGUACCUAUCGAAUAGCAAUUAGGGGCAAAAAGUGGUAUAUCCCGUUACUUUUCUGGUUGAUAGACGUUGCGGUCAACAAUGCUACCCUACUAGCUCGUAAUUUCUCCAAAGAUAUAGAUACGCUGGAAUUUAGACGUAGCAUUGUCAGAACCUUACUUCAAAAAUAUGGCAAUGAUAAGCAGCAUCCGGGACCUAGCAAACGGGUAUCUACAAAUGUACCUACAUCAGUACGAAAGCAUAACGCUGAGCACAUGAUCGGCAGGGCACCAAAACAACCUCUAAACUACGAGUUGUUACAAAAUGUGCUUGGAGAUGGGUGUCAAUCAGACCUGGACAUAUCGGAUAAGGAGACAGAAUCGGCUGUCAAUGUGCCUCGACUACUAGAUGAUGAAGGUGAUAUACCCCCAGAGAUUUCACCAGGUGUAUCACAUAAUUUAUCAAAUACCGAUACUAUGAUAAAAAUCCUUGGAACGGAAUGCGCUACUGCCGUCGCCGUCGUCUCAAUAGCGCAUCGAGAUCGACUGUGGCUUAGCCGGCAGCUGCAUCGCAAAGAGAACAAAGUUUUGUCCCCAUAUUCAGACACUACUGCAUGUAAACAUGCGCCAUGUAAGUACGUCGGAACUAACAACGGCGUAAAUAGUUAA